GUAGCGCGCAGGCGCGGCGCUAAUGGCGGAGCAGGCCGCCGGCGCGCCCGCCUAGGCCGGAGCAGCAUCCACCACCAUCCGCACGAAUUACCAAAGCUACAAUAAGCUGAAGCAAAUCCAUUGCCAACAUGUUUCUGUACAACCUAACGUUACAGCGUGCCACAGGCAUUAGCUUUGCUAUCCAUGGCAAUUUCUCAGGAACCAAACAACAAGAAAUUGUUGUUUCCCGGGGCAAGAUCCUGGAGUUACUCCGCCCUGAUCCCAACACAGGGAAGGUUCACACUCUGCUGACUGUGGAAGUGUUUGGAGUCAUCCGGUCCCUCAUGGCCUUUAGGCUGACAGGAGGGACCAAGGACUACAUUGUGGUGGGCAGCGAUUCGGGGCGCAUUGUCAUUCUGGAGUACCAGCCCUCCAAGAACGUCUUUGAGAAGAUCCAUCAGGAAACCUUUGGCAAGAGUGGAUGUCGCAGAAUCGUUCCAGGCCAGUACUUGGCUGUGGACCCAAAGGGCCGUGCUGUCAUGAUCAGUGCUAUUGAAAAGCAGAAGCUGGUGUAUAUCCUGAACAGAGAUGCUGCUGCUCGACUCACCAUUUCCUCCCCACUGGAAGCUCACAAGGCCAAUACCUUGGUCUACCAUGUGGUGGGAGUUGAUGUGGGGUUUGAAAACCCAAUGUUUGCUUGUCUGGAAAUGGAUUAUGAGGAAGCAGACAAUGAUCCAACAGGUGAAGCUGCAGCCAACACGCAGCAGACAUUGACAUUUUACGAAUUGGACUUGGGUUUGAACCACGUUGUCAGGAAAUACAGUGAGCCCCUGGAAGAGCAUGGCAACUUUCUCAUAACAGUUCCUGGUGGUUCUGAUGGUCCCAGCGGGGUGCUGAUCUGUUCUGAAAACUAUAUUACUUACAAAAACUUUGGUGACCAGCCUGAUAUCAGAUGCCCAAUUCCCAGGAGACGGAAUGACUUGGAUGACCCAGAGAGGGGUAUGAUUUUUGUCUGCUCUGCUACACAUAAGACCAAGUCCAUGUUCUUCUUCCUGGCCCAGACAGAGCAGGGAGACAUCUUCAAAAUUACUCUGGAGACUGAUGAAGACAUGGUAACAGAGAUUCGACUGAAGUACUUUGACACUGUUCCUGUUGCUGCUGCUAUGUGUGUGCUGAAAACAGGGUUUCUCUUUGUGGCAUCUGAAUUUGGAAACCACUACCUGUACCAGAUAGCUCACCUUGGGGACGAUGAUGAGGAGCCAGAGUUUUCCUCUGCCAUGCCUCUUGAGGAAGGAGAUACAUUCUUUUUUCAGCCACGACCUCUGAAGAACCUGGUGCUGGUGGAUGAGUUGGACAGUUUGUCUCCUAUUCUGUGUUGUCAGAUAGCAGAUUUGGCCAAUGAAGACACACCCCAGUUAUAUGUGGCUUGUGGUCGGGGGCCCAGGUCAUCCCUGAGGGUUUUAAGACAUGGACUUGAGGUAUCCGAAAUGGCUGUCUCAGAGCUGCCUGGUAACCCCAAUGCUGUAUGGACUGUUAGGAGACAUGUUGAAGAUGAAUUUGAUGCCUAUAUUAUUGUGUCCUUCGUAAAUGCCACACUGGUGCUGUCUAUCGGAGAGACUGUAGAAGAAGUGACUGACUCUGGAUUCCUGGGUACUACACCCACCUUGUCCUGCUCUCUUCUUGGUGAUGAUGCUUUGGUACAGGUUUAUCCAGAUGGGAUCCGGCACAUCCGAGCAGAUAAGAGAGUAAAUGAAUGGAAGACGCCAGGGAAGAAAACCAUUGUAAAAUGUGCUGUGAACCAAAGACAAGUAGUGAUAGCACUGACUGGAGGAGAGCUGGUUUAUUUUGAGAUGGACCCGUCAGGUCAGCUGAAUGAGUACACAGAGAGAAAGGAGAUGUCAGCCGACGUCGUUUGCAUGAGCCUGGCCAACGUUCCCCCUGGGGAGCAGCGUUCCCGGUUCCUUGCUGUUGGACUGGUGGACAACACUGUCAGAAUUAUUUCACUUGACCCUUCAGAUUGUUUACAGCCCCUGAGCAUGCAGGCGCUGCCCGCACAGCCCGAGUCGCUGUGCAUCGUGGAGAUGGGUGGCACAGAGAAGCAGGACGAGCUGGGAGAGAGAGGCUCCAUUGGCUUUCUGUACCUGAACAUUGGACUGCAGAACGGUGUGCUGCUGCGGACAGUCCUGGACCCUGUCACUGGUGAUCUCUCUGACACCAGGACCAGAUACCUUGGCUCCCGCCCUGUCAAACUUUUCCGUGUCCGAAUGCAAGGCCAAGAGGCGGUGCUGGCCAUGUCAAGCCGUUCCUGGCUUAGUUAUUCCUAUCAGUCACGCUUCCACCUGACUCCCCUGUCUUACGAGACACUGGAGUUUGCAUCUGGUUUUGCUUCUGAGCAGUGCCCUGAGGGCAUUGUGGCCAUCUCCACAAACACAUUGAGGAUUUUGGCACUGGAGAAGCUAGGAGCAGUCUUCAACCAGGUUGCCUUCCCAUUGCAGUACACACCCCGAAAAUUUGUCAUUCACCCAGAGAGCAACAACCUGAUCAUCAUUGAGACAGACCACAAUGCUUAUACUGAGGCCACCAAGGCACAGAGGAAACAGCAAAUGGCUGAGGAAAUGGUGGAGGCUGCAGGUGAGGAUGAGAGGGAGCUGGCUGCCGAGAUGGCUGCAGCCUUUCUGAACGAGAAUCUUCCUGAGUCCAUCUUUGGUGCUCCCAAGGCAGGGAAUGGUCAGUGGGCCUCUGUUAUCAGAGUGAUGAACCCCAUCCAGGGAAAUACAUUAGAUCUGGUCCAGCUGGAGCAGAAUGAAGCUGCUUUCAGUGUGGCUGUGUGCAGGUUCUCCAACACUGGUGAUGAGUGGUACGUGCUGGUGGGAGUUGCCAAGGACCUGAUUCUGAACCCACGCUCAGUUGCUGGGGGGUUUGUCUACACAUACAAGCUGGUGAAUAGUGGUGAGAAGCUGGAGUUUCUGCACAAGACCCCUGUGGAGGAGGUCCCUGCAGCCAUUGCUCCAUUCCAAGGCCGAGUCUUAAUUGGAGUUGGAAAGCUCCUGCGUGUGUAUGACCUGGGCAAGAAGAAACUGCUUCGGAAAUGUGAGAAUAAGCACAUUGCCAACUACAUCUGUGGGAUCCAAACCAUUGGGCACAGAGUGAUUGUUUCAGACGUUCAGGAGAGUUUCAUCUGGGUGCGUUACAAAAGGAAUGAGAACCAGCUCAUUAUCUUUGCUGAUGACACUUACCCCCGGUGGGUCACUACAGCAACGCUCCUGGAUUACGACACUGUGGCUGGAGCAGACAAGUUUGGUAACAUCUGUGUGGUGAGAUUGCCUCCCAACACCAAUGAUGAGGUAGAUGAGGAUCCCACAGGUAACAAAGCUCUGUGGGACAGGGGCCUGCUUAAUGGAGCAUCGCAGAAGGCUGAAGUGAUUAUGAAUUAUCACGUGGGAGAAACAGUGCUUUCCUUGCAGAAGACCACACUGAUUCCAGGAGGCUCUGAAUCUCUUGUUUAUACCACCUUAUCAGGGGGAAUAGGAAUCUUGGUCCCUUUUACUUCCCAUGAGGAUCACGACUUCUUCCAGCAUGUGGAAAUGCACUUACGGUCUGAGCACCCUCCUCUCUGUGGACGAGACCAUCUCAGUUUCCGCUCCUACUACUUCCCAGUGAAGAACGUGAUUGAUGGGGACCUGUGUGAGCAGUUCAACUCCAUGGAGCCUAACAAACAGAAGAAUGUGGCUGAGGAGCUGGACCGGACCCCACCUGAGGUGUCCAAGAAGCUGGAAGACAUCCGCACACGUUAUGCUUUCUGAGUGGCAGCUGGCAGGGGCAGAAAUGCUUGCAGCUCCUCUGGGUGCUCUUCCAGGCACCGUUGGGAGGAGGAAUGUGUAUUUUUUUGUUUUCUCCCUUCCCCCGCCCACCUUUUCAAAUAUUGGUUUGGUCCUCUUGGUUUAUGUUUCAAAGUAAUGUGACUCCAGUAAAUACAGUAUCAGCUAUUAGGUUUCCCAACGCAUCCCCCUGCCUAUGUGAGGACUCCUGACAUUCCAGCUUCUGGCCAGAGAAGUUCUCUCUUGGGAAGUGCUGAAGGCAGGAUGACAGCUGACCCUCAGCCCCAUCUCCUUGUCAUCCCUUUUGGAUGGGGGAGUCCCAGGAUCUCUUGCUGAAAGUUCUGUAGGGCAGAUCCAGCUGAGUCUUUGUUGAGUCAAGUGGGGUUUGUGAUUUCCUAGCAUUUUAGGAAAGGAAAGGAGAGAGCUGUGCUAUGAUUCAGGAUUACCAGGCUCCUCUUUUAGUAGCAAGUGGUGAGCUGCUCUGGGCUUAUACUAGUCCAGGGAGUAGCCAAUGGGGAGCUGGUUGUGGGGAGGGAACUGUCACACUUGUCUUGAACGUUUUCUUCUGAAUUGCAAGGGGGUUUUUUGGACUUGCCAUUUCUGACUGUUUUCCCUGUAAAUAGAGUUUUGUACAAUGUUGAUUCUCCUGGGGGGGGAAGAGCAAGGCCUGAGUCUGGGACUUGAUUUGUUUCAUAAUAACUUUGGCAAGAGAGUGUCUCCAAGCUGUGACUGUGAGCAGCGCAUGAAGAAUAAAAGCCUGUUUUUUCACUA